AUGGUGGUGAAUACAAUAUACAUUGCAAGGCAUGGAUACAGAUCCAAUUGGCUUCCCGAGGGUCCAUAUCCAGACCCACUUACAGGAAUCGAUAGUGAUGUUCCUUUGGCAGAACAUGGAGUCCAGCAAGCUAAAGAGUUGGCGCAUUAUCUUUUGUCCUUGGAUAAUCAACCAGAAGCUGCCUUCACUUCUCCGUUUUAUAGAUGUCUUCAGACUACCCAACCGAUAGCUAAGCUGUUAGAAAUACCUGUUUAUCUAGAACGAGGUAUUGGGGAAUGGUAUAGACCUGACAGAAAACCGGUGAUCCCAGUACCUGCUGGAUAUGAGAUACUAAGCAAAUAUUUUCCAGGUAUCAUUAGCCCAGAAUGGGAUUCUACACUAAUACCAAGUGAAAAGGGUGAGACCGAGCAGGAGAUGUACAUGAGAUUCAAAACGUUUUGGCCCUUAUUUAUUGAACGUGUAGAAAAGGAAUAUCCAAAUGUUGAGUGUAUACUUUUAGUCACACAUGCUGCGUCUAAGAUUGCCCUUGGUAUGAGCUUACUGGGGUACGAUAAUCCUCGAAUGUCCUUGAAUGAAAAUGGUGAUAAAAUAAGAAGCGGUAGUUGCUCAUUAGACAAAUACGAGAUUCUUAAAAAAAGCUACGAUACUUUAGACGAAACUGACGAUCAAAAUCAAACCUCUUUGACCUAUAUACCAUUUAAUGACAGAAAAUGGGUUCUAACGAUGAAUGGCAACACCGAAUUCUUGAGUGGUGGUGAAGAAAUGAAUUGGAGUUUCGAUUGUGUAGUAGAGGCUGGUUCAGAUGCUGAUAUCAAAAGGAGACAGGAGACAAAAAAAAACAGCUCACCAAUACCAAAAGGAGAAGAUCAAAUUGAAACAGAAACUGUUUAUAUCAGUGUUGACAUCCCUAGCGGCAACUACAAAGAGAGGACCGACAUAGCGAAGAACGCAAUUUUACAAUAUUCCGGUUUGGAAACAGAUGCUCCAUUGUUUCGGAUUGGAAAUAAGCUGUAUGAAGGAAGCUGGGAGAGACUUGUUGGCACGGAACUUGCCUUCCCAAAUGCUGCACAUAUACAUAAAAAGACGGCGGGUCUACUAUCAUCAGCUGAAGACAGUGAAACAACAAACGCUGGCCAAAGUAAAGGCCUAUCUACUGCUAGCGACGCAGACACACAAAAACAAGAAGAUGUUGGAGUACCGGAUUCAACCAACAAAAGUGAGGAUCACGCGGGAGAUAACGAAGAAGUUCAACCAGAGAAGAUCUAUAGAAUAAAAGAACGGAUAGUGCUAAACAAUGUCCGCCCUAUGUAA